CAUACUGUAGCUUCAGACUUCAACCUUUGCCAUCACGACACUCGAGGGCUGCGGAAAUGGCGUCUCCAUCGACAAUGUGCGCAUCAUGCCUGAGGGCAGCGCGGCGAGCAACGACCCGCGGCGGGAUCAAACCUGCGCCCGUCUUCUGGCGCCCGGCGAGGGCAUACAGCAAAGCCGCCGCCACAUCUCAACCGCUAUAUCUCGACUUCCUGGCGCCCUCCAUCCGAAGCGUAUCCAGACGGCCAACAUCUACGAUCAAGACGCCCUUCGCAACCAUAUCCAACUCCCAAUCUAUACCGCGACGCGCCCUCGCCACACCCUCCGCAACAUCCACGCCCUCCGACCCGCAACCCGCACACCCCAUCCUCAACCCCCGAACCACCCCCUCCGGCGAACCGUUGCGCAUAUCGCUCUCCCCGCGCGCCGCAAGCCGCCUCGCCGCCAUCGCCUCCACGGACCAGAACCCGAACCUCGCGCUGCGCAUAACCAUCGAAAGCGGCGGCUGCCACGGCUUCCAGUACCUGAUGUCUUUAACCGACCUGUCCACGUCGCCCGCGACGGAAGAAGACACCGUGUUUGAGGGCGACAAGGGCGCGAAGGUGGUGAUUGAUGAGAGCAGCUUGGAGCUGCUGAAUGGGAGCACGGUGGACUAUACGAUGGAGUUGAUCGGGAGUCAGUUCAAGGUCACGGGGAUUCCGGGGGCGACGAGUAGUUGUGGGUGUGGGACGAGCUUCGAUAUCAAGUUGUAGAGCAGCAGAAAACGGGAUCCGGCUUACAUUAUACGCGGGUUAGUUUGGGUUUCGGCUCCCCCCGGCCUGAGCUUAAACACCAUUAUGGGGCGCAUACCCCAGUCACGAAGGAGAUUUCCGCAGACACCCUUCUAGAAUCUACAUUGAUUCAUAGGGCCACUUUGAGC